UUCCUGACAGAGCUUACCAGACUCUUUCAAAAGUGCAGAACUUCGGGGAGCGUUUUCAUAACGCUGAAGAAAUAUGAUGGCCGAACAAAACCAGUCCCACGCAAAGGCCACGUAGAAAGUUUUGAACCAGCAGACAAUAAGUGUCUUCUAAGGGCAACUGAUGGCAAGAAGAAAAUUAGCACAGUGGUGAGCUCAAAGGAAGUAAAUAAAUUCCAGAUGGCAUAUUCAAAUUUGCUGAGAGCUAACAUGGAUGGCCUGAAGAAAAAAGACAAGAAAAGCAAAACCAAGAAGAGUAAAGCAACACAGUGAUGGAACAGUGUCCUGCCACCACUGUAACAGACUUGACCCUUGCUCAAAGCAAAGUCCAUUUCUUUUUGAGUUACUACGUGUCUUUGGCUUUCCUUCCAGCAGGAUACUGGAAUGUGAUCAGUACUUUUGUUUAAACUGAAAGCAGAAGGUGCUUUCUGUGGGUUGUUGUAUGGCAGGACUAUUUACAGGCUUUUACUGAAACAGCUUUACACUCAGCUGCCAACUAAUUUUGUACUUGUACUGCUGUUUGUUUUGUAUUAUACAAGUGGGCACUGUAAAACCUGUUCGGAGGGUAACAGGAUGAAGAGAAAUGCGCUGUACCAUGAGCAAAGUAAGACUGGAGCAGGAGCGACAGAUGCCCAGUUCUAUAGAUAAGCCUCAGCAGUACUAGGGAAAGCGGGUGCCAACGUAUUAUCAGGAACAGCUGACUUCCUGUUUCUGUCUUUUAUUUUGAGGGGGAACAGGUCUACAUGCUGCAGUGCAGAUACCCCUGAGGCAGCCAGCACAGGGCUCGAGCUCUUGCAGAGCCAGGCAGCUGCGCCUUUGCUCUGUGCU